AUGGCGACUGCUAAAUCAGUUCAUCAGCCGAUUCGGCUUUCAGAAUAUAUCAAUGCAUGUAAUAAAAGUUCUGACAAAAAACAACACAAGCCGAGGAUGGAGCCAGUGCGGAUAAAAGACUUAUUAUUGUCAGCUUCCAAAGCAAGAUCAGCAAGUGUUGUUCCAAAGCACACAGUCCGCCGCGCUCUUUACGGAAAAUCACCUUCUCCUUCAAAAAGUACAUCCUCCCAAUCAUCAGUUGAAACCAAAAGCUCAGUAUCAAUUUCCAAACCCAACACUCCAUCAUUUAAAAGAAAUAGAAGUAUAGCACCUAAAACUAAGGCUCGACAAAGUAUGUUGCCGCAGCCGAAUUUCAUUGUUAAAAAAAACAAACAAAAAGUUCUUGAUAGCUGUCCACCUACUGUAGUAGAAGAGCGUCUAUCAGAAGUAAUGAAAAUAUCACCACAGCCUUAUCAACGACCCACUGUUAUUAAAUCUGUUUCCAAAAAACGUUCUUCUGUGGUAAAUAAUCAGCCAAUUGACAACUGUGAAGUAGUUCACGUUGAACAUGGUACAUUUAAUAAUAUUGCAAACAGAACUAUUGACCUUGAAGCUUCAAUUGUUGACAAGGAAAAUAUUCCACCUGAUAAUUUGGAGCCUUUGACAACUGACGGAGCUAAUUUGGAUCUUUUUCAGAAUUCUAGACUUGAAAAAAUAGAAAAUGACUUACAGACAGUUAAAGACGAUUUAAAAAUAGUUAAAGAACAACAGUCUUUAUUAAUUGACUUGGUGCAAAAAAUUUUUACAGCUUUAUCUGUUAAAAAUAAUGAAUUUCAAAGUCAGGUCAGUGAACCAUCAAAUACUUCCUGUGUUUCUUCAUCUCCGUUAAUUUCUUUAAUUUCUGCUUCACCUGAUGACAAAGAAAACAGCAAUAAUAAUAAUAAUAAUAAUAAUAAUAAUAAUAAUAAUGAUAAAAUUGAUAGUAAUUUAAUUUUUAAUAGCAGUAAAAGAGAUCGUAGUGAAAAAAAACAAAGAAGAUCUUCCUCAAGCAUGGAAGAGCGUCGAAGGUCGGCUCGAAUAGCCUCCAAGUUGACUCCCAGAAAAAAUGAUAGCUUUGUUUCUCUGGAAAAUGAAUUGAAUAUUGUACAUUCGACUACUAAGUCAUUUUCAGCGCCCAUUACACCAAAAAAUGAUAAGCGAAUAAUUAAAUCAAAAAGUGCUAGGCCACUUCGUGAAUACAUGGCUAUGAAAGCUUCCAUGACAUUUUUAGAAACUCCAGAUGCUAAUGGAUUUAGACGGGCUAUCAAUUAUGGAGAUGACACUCCUGCAAGGAAUAAAAGUUUACGACGAACUAUUUCAACUAAAAUUCUUAAUGAGCUCGAAGAUUUAUACAAUGACUCGGAAGAGACUGAAGAAAAUUAUUGA